AUGGAGUUGUGUUCUGGUGGGGAGCUCUUUGAACGAAUCGUGACAAAUGGGAAAUUGUCUGAGAGUUACACCUGUAUUAUCAUGCGUCAAAUUCUCAGUGCUGUGGCCUAUUGUCACAAACUUAACAUAAUGCACCGAGAUAUCAAGCCUGAAAACAUUUUAUUUGCGGAUAAAUCAAUAUCUUCACCUAUCAAAAUGAUUGACUGGGGAUUUGCUGCGCAAUGCUUAUCUAAUCAUAUCUUCACAAGCAUCGUUGGGACUCCAUACUAUGUAGCUCCAGAAGUGUUGUCGGGAAAAUACACUAAGAUUUGCGACAUAUGGAGCUGUGGAGUUGUCAUGUUUAUUUUGCUUAGUGGUAGUCCCCCUUUUCACGGUAAAUCAAACAAAGAAACUUUAGAAAAAGUACGAAAAGGAGAAUAUACGAUGAACGCAUCAGUUUGGAAAAACAUAAGCAGUGCUGCCAAAGAUUUAAUUCGCAGAAUGCUAGAGUACAAUCCCGAGCGUCGAAUAACAGCGGAGGAAGCGUUGAAGCACCCUUGGAUGAACUGCAUGGUUCGAAAAAUAUAUUAA